AUGCGCCCUCCCUUCGAUGACGCCGACGCCGACAUCAUCUUCCGCUCGGCGGACCGCGUCGACUUCCGGCUCUACAAAGUCAUCAUUUCCAAGUCCUCCGCCGUCUUCCGGAACAUGCUUGCUAUUCCCGACGUCAAUGCGAGCACGGGAGAGCCACAGAUCGUAGAGCUCACCGAGGACGCCGAUACCCUCGAGAACCUUCUCCGUCUCUGCUACCCCGUGAAGCGCGCAGUCUUCAGUACGGUCGAUGAAGCCCUUCCCGUGUUUACCGCAGCGAAAAAGUAUGACAUCGAGGUUGCGGUGGACACCAUGUGGGGCUUAGUUCACGAUCUGGCGGCGAAGGAAAGCCCAUCGCGGGCUUACGCCAUCGCCUGCAUUCACGAGCUACCAACACUAGCAAGGAGGGCCGCACGGCUCCUUGUCAAAGAGGCCGACGUCAUGGGUCUGCCCUUGCUGCCUCUGGAGCUCCGAUCCCUUACCCUCCAAACGCUGUAUGCCUUCGCCCGGUACCGGAGGCAGUGCCUGACUGCCGUGAAAGGCGUGUUGGAAGGGAACAAUGAUUGGCUGCGCGCUGGAGACCACCCGUACAAGGUACUAUAUACAAAAAUCCUCAAAAAGACCGCCCCAAAUGUCGAAAUGUCCUGGAUAUGGUACCGCUGCUCCAGCUGCGCCCUCAACCCCUUCGUGAAAAUACCGAUGGCUCACCCAUUCGUUUUUGUGACCCCUUCUACACUCUGCCCGCGUCUGUGGUGGGCCCACUACGAGAUGAUGGUGGAGGAAAGACUCUUCUCCGUGGGACUCGAUGGUUGCGCGGCUACUCAAAAGGCGCUACUAGAUCAGAUCAUAUGUGGAGCGGAGACGUGUAGCACUUGCGCUCCUCAUGCACGUACGCACCUUAUGGUCUACGCACAAGCCUUGGAGCAGAGGAUAGAGAAAGCCAUCGACGAGGUUCAUUUCGAGCUGCCGUUCGCUGUUGGGCCGGAGACAGAUUCAACGUGA